GGCUCGAGCAGGCGACCCUUGAGAAGAUGCUGGAGGCUGGUAAGGAAGAGCUGGAACUAGCAAGACUAGCAGGAGACCGCAGCCCCGAUGGAAAGUACUGGAUCCGCGUCAUUGCCGAUGGCAUGUGGAGUAAACGGUCGUACGGCAACAAAUAUGAUGCAAAGUCUGGGGUUGCCUUUAUUAUUGGCGCUCGUACAGGAAAAAUACUGUUCUACGGCGUGCGGAACAAGCAUUGCUACGUGUGCACGCUAGACCACAACAAAAAAAAGCCAGUUAGGGAACACACAUGUGCCAAAAAUUUCAACGGCCCUAGCGGGCAAAUGGAGGCCUCCAUCAUUAUGGAAGGUUUCAAGGCAAGCUUGGAAAUGCACGGGGUUCGUUUCCUCCAACUCGUGGGUGAUAGGGAUUCAACCGUGCACAAGACUUUGGUGGAGGAGGCGCCCUACGGCCUAGGCUUUACUGUAGAAAAAAUAGACUGCAAAAACCAUCUUUUGAGAAACUACAGGACGUGGUGCUUGCAACUAGGUGCUAACACAAAUUUUCCAAUUCCUGAAGGGGUGGAUGCCAAAGAUACAAAGCAAAAGCAGUUUUGGAUAAAGGAGCUGCGCAUCUUGCGCACCCUUAUCAAAAAUAAAACUAAGAGACUAUCCAAUGCUAUUAGCAAGGCAAGCACAUACCGCGCCAGACAAGAAGGCACUUUGCACGUACGCAUACAACAACUAAGUGAUGACAUCAAGAACUCAGCAUGCCAUGUUUUUGGCGAGCACAGUAGGUGCCAAGCAUACUUCUGCCAGACUGCCCGCAACCGAGCCCAAGCUGGACCUUCCGCGCCCCCGGCGGCCCCCGCGGCCCCCGCGGCCGCGCAGUCGCAGGAGGAAGCGGCACCUGAUGAAGCGGUGUUGAAUUGGGUUCCCCGCCUGCAGAAGUCGGGCUUGUGGACGAAGCUCAUGAGCAACCUGGACACAAUGGCUAACCGCGCUAACAGCUUGAUCGAGAAUGUGAACAACAACAUGUGUGAGGUGGCCAACAGCGUGGUGGCAAAGUUCAUCGCCGGCAAGCGUGUGUUCUACUCCAGCAGAGCAUCGUUCAAUGUGAGGUGUGCAGCGGCAACAUUGGCUAUGAAUACCUCAGGUGACUUCAGAAGAAUUGUGCACAAAAAACUACAGAAUGGCCAAAGUCCAGGCAAGUUCACCGCCACACACUCUGCCUUGAAGGCCAAGAGGCUGAUGCAGCAGCGCGAGCGCCGCACCAAGGUCAGAGCAGCCGGGCCGCCGCCGCGGCGCGUCUUUGAUGCGGCUGGCCACAAUGCCUACGGGCUGGAGGCGCGCGCCCCCGGGGACAGGGACGAGAGCGUGGACGACCCCCCCGCCGCUAAGCCCCAGCAGCCCCUACCGGAGGACCCCCGCCUGCCUGCCAAGAUGCAGGAAGUGACCGACCGCCUGCAGGCAGACUUGCGCCACCUGCAGGAGAUCUCGUCGUAUCCCCAGGGAGGGCACAAGUGGCUUGGGGCGCGGAAAAUCCGUAUCACCGCCAGCAACUUUGGCCCUGUUGUGAGGAGAUCGAAGGGACACUCCUGCAAAGUACUUGUUCGGACCAUGCUCCACUCAAAAAAAAACCCUACUCCGGCCAUGAGGCACGGCAAUGACAUGGAGGCAAGUGCUCGGAGAUAUUUCGAGCAGAAGUACGGACGAACGGUGAACCAGACCGGACUCGUGGUAGACAGGCAGCUACCAUUUCUUGCAGCCAGUCCUGACGGACUGAUAGGUGACGACGAGCUGCUCGAGAUCAAAUGUCCGACGAGUGGCGUCGACUUCUCAUCAGCCGAGGAAGCCGUCGCUGGAGAUAAGGUUCAUACCUUGCGUAAUAAAGGGUCAAAAAAGACCAAAUUGUUUUAGUGUGACUAACUUACUUUUCUAUUAUUCAGCUCAAGUACCUGAAGUUUGGUGAUGACCACCAGCUUUAUCUCGACGAAAGAAGCGACUACUACUACCAAAUUCAGGGGCAACUUCACAUGACUGGUCGCAGAAAGUGCACUUUGUUUGUGUGCCAGUUCAAAACUGAGAAAAAUGCUCCACCUAAAGUCAUCUGGGAAAAAUGUUUAAUUAUUGAGAGAGAUGACGAAAAGUGGAGCCGUGACAUGGAACCAAAAUUGAGAGAGUAUGU